AUGCUGCUGCACUGCAUCGUAAAGGAUCAUCCUAUGCUUGCGAAAGAGUAUGAACGUGUUAGAGCAGGCAAGCCACCUGCUACCAUAGAGAUGUCCCGCUAUGGUUUGGAGCCACCCCCAGCAAACAAGAGGAAUGAUGUUGCUGCUUGGAGGCAGGCUCUACGGAAUGCUCAGAGCCAACUGCAGCAUCAAAUUAUAAGGAUUGAGAAUCUGGAGCUUAUGCUGAAGCACGGUGUUGAGGUUUGGAAGCUCCAGAACAGGAAAAUGGAAUCGGUUUUGUCUAGGAUGCAAAAGAUGGCUUUGGAAUACAACGAAAAAAUAGAAACCGUCAACCGUGAGAGGAAAUUUCAUCAGCAAAACACUGGUGGGCAACUCCAUGCAUUGACAGUAGAAUGGCAGGAACUGUGCCAGAAAAAUAUAGCUAUUCAAGCUGCCUGUGUUGAUCUGCAGAAUCAGAUUGAUCAGCUUAAACUUGAAGCUAAAGAACAGGGAAUGCUAGUGGAUGACAGCAAUGGAACUAAUCUGCAAACAUCAGAAGGGAUUUGAGGUUGAGAUGUUUCUAGACACAGAUGUAGGAAGGAAGAAGCUGUGAUGACCCUGGUUCCAUGAGAUGUCUGCUAGAGGCUCCAUUAGCCACCGUGCUUACUUGACCUGCAACUGUGAGUUCCGGAUACAAAUCCAGGUACCUUGACAAAUCCCAUCCGUUGACUGUACAUGGUGGCAUGUGCUGGUGAACACCUGGUAGAGAAACAGCUUAAACACAUGUAGUGUUGUGUGGUGGAUUGUUAGUGUUAUGUGGCAAGAGGAACAGAAUGCCCAUCUUAUUUGUUCAUUGCAAAUGGACGCUGACUUUUCUGGGUGUAAUUGUACGUUUUGACAUUGAAUUAUGAGCUGAAUCUUUGGUGCUUCUGCCCUGAAAUUGCCUGUUUCGACGGCAAAUGUAAUGGGAGUUGUUGCCGUUUGGGUUCCUGGCCUAUGUUCGUGGA